AUGCAGCAGGAGAAUUUUAUAGACGAAGAGAUUUAAGACGAGGAAGAAGAAAGAAGAGAAUAGAAGGAAGUACAUGAGUUCGCGAAGGAAAUAAAGGAGAAAGUAGAAGAAACCAACAAACAAAACAAAGAAUAAUAGGAUUAAUAAAAAGUGAAUGUAAAUUCAACAGUAGGUCCAAUCAGAGUAAAAUUUGAUGUGUUGAGAUGCUUUUUUGAUAGGAUGAGUAAAGUGAGAGGAAAGAAGAAAAGUGAGCUCCUGGAUGUUUUGACUUAAUUCUUUUUUAAACCUCCUAGAAUACCUGAACACACUUACAUAAUAAUGAGACUAAUAAUUCCAUUCUAAGAUAGGGAUAGAGGUGUAUAUAAAUUAUAAGAAAAGAACCUGGCUAAAUUAUUUAGAUCUGCCUUAGGAUUGUCAGAUGAUGAUUAUCAUAGAAUGGCCAAUUAUAAAUAAGCAAGUAUGUAACCCUACGGGGCUCCAGUUGGUGAUUUCCCCAUGGUUGUGCAUAAUGUGAUUAAGGAUUAUUGCAGAAAGGACAGCAUAAUUACAAUAUCAGAAGUGGACUCAUUGCUCGACAAUUUAGUUAAAGCUUAAGACACUAAAGAAUAGGAAUUAGUGGUAGUUGAUUUAAUAAAAGUGUGUACAGCUGAUGAGAUACUUUGGAUAAUCAGAAUUAUAUUGAAGGACUUAAAAAUUGGUUUGAAAUAUGAGAAGCUUUUGCAAUUGUUUCAUAAAGAUGCUCCUGAAUAUUAUAAUGCAACAUCAUCACUAAAUGAAGUAUGUAAAGAAUUUAAUGUAUUAAGAAUAUUUCAUGCCAUCAAACCAAUGUUAGCGGCUAAGAAAUCACCUGAAGAAAUAAGAAAAUUAAUUGAAGGCAAAGAAUUAUUGGUUGAAACCAAAUUUGAUGGAGAAAGAAUAUAAUGUCAUUUCACCCCUGAAGUCAUCAGAUUUUUUACUAGAAAUUCAAAUGAUUACACAUAUUUAUACAAGGAUAAAUUAGGAGAUAUUGUUAGAUAAAGUGUUUAAGCAUAAUGUGCAAUUUUAGAUGGAGAAAUCAUAGUUGUAAAUAAAGAAACUGGAGACAAUGUUAGAUUUGGUUUAAAUAAAACUGUUGCUCUAAGUAAAGACGUAAAUGAUGAUGCUUUUGGACUUUGCUAUAAGAUUUUUGAUAUACUUUAUCUCAAAACAUACUAAGGGUAAGAAGUUAACACUAUGAGUGCUCCUUUAUCUACUCGAAGAAGCUUAUUAUAAAGAAUUAUAGUACCUAUUCCAAACUAAUUAGAAGUAGUUUAAGCUGCAACUAUUAAAUCUUUUGAAGAACUUAUUUAAUAAUUUGAUAUGGCUAUCGAAAGAAACUAAGAAGGCAUCAUAAUUAAAUAGAUGGAUUCUUAAUAUUUACCUAAUGAAAGAUCCACUAAAUGGGUUAAGAUGAAAGGAGAUUACGUUGAAAAUAUGACAGAUAAUUGCGAUUUAUUGGUUAUUGGUGGAUAUUUUGGAACAUAAUCACAUAGAGUGGAGACUUUUGAUGAAUUUGAUAGGAUUACACAUUUUUUAAUGGGUUUAGCUUAAAAAAUAGAUAAGAAUCAACCAACUAAUAGUGUAAUAUUACCAUUUGUAAAAGUUGGAACUGGUUUCACUGAUAAUGAAUUAUCCACAAUCAGAAAUAAAUUAAGAAAUCAUUGGAUUAAGAAGUAGAAACCUAAUUACAUACCAUAAAAUUGGAAUCCUGGAGUUAAUGAUAGACCAGAUGUAUAUAUUAAUAAUCCAGCUCAUUCAAUUAUAUUUGAAGUUAAAGCUGCAGAAAUCACAAAGUCUAAUACUUUUCCAACUGAUUACACUCUUAGAUUUCCACGAUGUUACAAGACAAGAAUGGAUAAAGACUGGUAUGAAAUGAUGACCACGCAAGAUUUAUCAAGUAUGAUCAAUGACUCAUAAUACACUAAGAAUCUCAAAAAAAAGAACGAUAAAGAAGGCAAUGAUAAAUAAACAGACGAUGAGAGAAAAUAACCCUUAAAGAAAGGUGGAGCUCAUUCUAAAUAGAUUACCAUAAUGACUGAAUUUCAAGGAUUAGAUCCAAGAAACAUCACAAAAGAAUCCAACCUAUUUGUAGGAUGCGAAUUUUUUAUUGUGAAUUUAGAAGAAGAUUAUAAUAAAUAAUAUUUAGAAUCUAUAGUUCUAGCCCAAGGAGGAACUUGUAUAUAAAAUUACAUUGUAGAAAGUGUCACUCAUGUAGUGGCUUCGAUUAUAGAUUUUAGAGUGAAUUCAAUUAUUGAGAAGUUCCCUACUACUAUCAUCAGACCAUAAUGGAUAAUUGAAUGCAUUAGAAGAUCAUAAUUAGUUAAUAUUGCACCUAGAUUUAUUUUGUUUGCCCCUCUAGCCAUCAUGAAUGAAGUCAAUAAAUUCUAUGAUAGGUUUGGUGAUUCCUAUUUCGAAUUGAUUGACGAUUUGGCUCUCAAAGAUAUCUGUGAUAAUAUGAAAAUUAAUGAAACUGUGAAUUAGGAUGAUUUAUUAUCUUUAGAAGAGGAAUUAUUAUACUAGUUACCAAAAUUAUGGAUAUUUUAGCACAAGUCUUUCUAUCCUUAUUGUUUAAAUCACUAAAUAUCUGAUGUAGAAUUGGAAACUUUUAAAGCUCGAAUAAUAGCUAGAGGAGGUUCAUUUGUAAAUAGUAUAUACGAUGAGAAAUUAGACUUUAUCAUUUUAUUUAAGAAUCAGACUUUUAUCCAAAACGAAAGACUCAAACAAUUUUUCAAUGAAAAACCGUACAUCAAAACAACUACCUACACUCAGAUGAUGUAAUUAAUUGAAGAAUAACAUUAAAUGAUAUUGCCUUCCUGA